AUGUCAAGCGCACUUGAAAAAGUCAUAAUAAUCAUUGGACUUUUAGAAUUUAUAGCAGGGAUUUGGGGAAAUGGAUUCAUUGGAAUAGCAAUAUCUGCCAAAUGCCUCAAAAACAAGACCAUCGCCUCGAUUGACUUCAUUCUCACUGGCUUAGCUAUUUGCAGAAUUUGUGUGAUAUGGUUCAUAAUUUCAGGUGGAUAUGUAAGGGUAUUCUCUCCAGAUAGGUAUCUCUUUGGUAACUUUCUUGACUGUGUUUUUUACCUUUGGGCAAUUUUCAAUCAUUUGAACACCACAUUUGCUACCAGCCUCAGCAUCUUUUUCUAUUUCCUGAAGAUAGCAAAAUUUUCUCACUCCAUCUUUCUCUGGUUGAAGAGAACAAUCAAUACUGUUUUCACCCUUCUGAUGGGCUGUCAUUGAUUUCAUUCUCUACAACUUGUGAAGGUAACUAAUGAUUACAAAAUGAAAUACAGAAACACAUCUUGGCAGCUCCACAUACAUAGCGGAGAGUUCUUAUUGGCCAUGUUUCCUGAAUCUGGAGUCUUCUUUACAGUAUCUGUAAUCACAUGUUUUCUGAUGAUCGUUUCUCUUUGGAGACCAAGGCAGGUGCAUUUGAACCUCACAGAAUUCAGAGAAGUCAACACAGAAGCUCAUGUGAAAGCAAUGCAAGUUUUACAAUCUUCUAUCACUCCUUAUGCUUUAUCUAUUGAGGGUCCUAGUAGGCGUGAAAAUUUGUAA